AUGAGCGGAAGAGAUUUUAAUUUUUAUAGAGGAAGAGAUAAAUAUCCUAGGCAAGAAUUAUACAAUGAGAAUAAAUCAGCACCUCGCUUUGUUGAAGAUGGUUCUUUUGUAGGGAAUUUAGAAAGAAAAAUUGAACAUUAAAAUUUAACAAUAAAUAACCUUAUAAAAGCAUUUGAAGAAUCAAGAUUGGAAUAACAAAGAUAAAUUCAAUAUUUGGAGAGAUUAAAGAAAACAGAAGAACAGAAAUAUAGUAUCUAAAUUCUAGAGGAACUUAAGAAUUUAAAACACAAGAUUAAAAAGAUUGAAUAAAGCCCACCUAUUUAAUAAUCUACAACUUAAAUGUACCAAUAACCUUUUCUUCCUCUUAUACCUGGUUAAUUAUAAUAAGGCUAUCCACCUUAAUAGUUUAAUUAUGCUUAAAUUCCUUAUUUAUAGAAUGCAUUUCAUCAACAAAGCCAACCUAUUCAACCUUAAUUCUUAAAUAAUUAAGAAUAAAUGAGACCAAAAAAACCUUAAGAAAUGGAUGCUUUGCAUAAAUUUUUGUUAAAAAGGCUUCAUGAGAAAGACCAAUAUAAGAAUAUAGAUAAAAAGCCUAAAGAAAAUUCAGAAGCUCGUUAUAUAACUGAUAUGGAAUCUUCUGAAAAUUAUUCUUCCAAAAGAUAAAAUCGUAAAACACCCAUAAUUAAAUCAAGAUCAUAAAGAAGAUCUUAGAAAUAGUAAGAUAAUAUUAAAUAAGGACCUUCAGAUAAUUCUUAAAUUAGCAUUAGAAAACAAUCUUAAUUAUCCCAAGAAUUAUCAUUAGGAACAGGCUCAUAAAAACCAUCAUAAUAAAAGUUAGUAAUUACUCAGUAAAGAUUGAAACAGUUAAUGAGAAAAUUUCGCGGAGCAGUAAGAUAUUUUUGGAUAGCAUUAACAUAUUUAAAAUUUUGUAAAAAGAUUUGGAAUUCUAAUUUAAACUCUUUUAAGGAAUAUUCUUAAGAAUAGAUUGGAUUAUAUGAUACUUAAUUUGUAAAAAUAAUACAAUUAUCAUUUAUAGAACUAUUUGUUAAUUAUUUCUUAAUUUUAUAGAGAAUGUUAACUUAAGAAAUAAUUAGAUAAAUCGUGGAUUUUCACUUAAACUUAAGAUAUUUAAGCUAGAUGUCAGACAAUGCUCAAUGCACUAGAGAUAUUUUUUCGAUAUUUAAUAGUUUAGCCUUUAGAUUUUACUAAAGAACACCUUGAAUUUAUGAGAAAAUUCUCACUAACAAAAGGAUAUCUUUUAAGUGGACAUAGCAAAUAUGUGACAAGUAGAAUUCAUUUAAGACCAAAUAAUACUUUAAAGUAUUAACUAAUUUAUAAUUUUAGUAUUGAAACACCUGAGUAAUCUUAGAUGUUACUUAUGGAGUAUUCAUUCAUCUAAAUAUUAUUGCCAUAAAUAGUUGAAGCGGAUUUUUGGAAAAAACUGGUUAAUUAUAAAGAAGCUUUGAAAGUUUUUGUCUCCGUUCUUCAUUUUUUAUUUAUUGAUAGAUUUUACAACAUACCUCUUAAUAAAUAAUAACUACCUUUUAAUGUACAUUUAUAAAAUACUAUUUAAGAAAGAAUAUGUUCCUUCAUUUGAUUUUAAAAGAAAUCCAGUUGAAGGAUUUUAUAUAUUAAUUGAUUCUAAUCAUCCAUCAUAUGUGGAAUCUAAGGAAGAAGUGAUUUUAGGAUUGUAUUCUAAAGCUCAAUUACAACCUUUGAUUUCACAUGUUGGAUUUAAGAAGGUCUAAGAAAAUUUUAAACUAUAUUGUGAUUUCAUUUAUUCUUUAAUAAAAUGAAAUACUUUAGUAAAG